UCCCACUUCUAAAUUCUCUCAUUUACUUCAAAGUUCCAAAAUCUUGGUAUACAAAGACAUCGAUCCUUAUAUUUGUAUUCUUGAUUCCAUAAACAUGACAGCCAUGAAACGAAGCAGAGAAGAUUAUGGCCAAGUAGAAGCAGAAGCUAUGGCUAAGUGUUUAAACGACAAAAACACUACAUCAUCGACAACAGAUAAUCAUUACAAUGAAUUUGAAUGCAAGACUUGCAAUAAACGGUUCCCAUCUUUCCAAGCCCUCGGUGGCCACCGUACAAGUCAUAAUAAACGGACAAAAUUACUCGGAGAUUUUGUUAUUGAAGCCAAAAAGAACAAGAUGCAUAAAUGUUCUAUAUGCGGAAUGGAGUUUUCUUUGGGUCAAGCAUUAGGCGGACACAUGAGGCGUCACCGUGAUGAAAUUAAUAAAACGUCGACGAUGAUACCGGUGUUGAAGAAGUCAAAUAGCAGCAAGAGAAUAUUUUGCUUUGACUUAAACUUAACCCCUCAUGAUGAUGUUGAUUUCAAGUUAUGGCCGACGACACCAAUUUCCUCUCCUGUAUUGCGGAUCUUUAUUUAAUUAAUUCUUUUUGGACACUUUGUGUUCAUUUUUCUUGUAUAUAAUCCUUAAUUAGUUACGCUGAUUCUUUUACAUAUGUUGUUUCUAUCUAUAUACCACCUAGGAUUUCGAUA